GAUCUCCCAACAUCUGACACGAGUGGGAUCUCGCUGCUUUCGCCCUCUGACAGGAUCGGUAAUAGCGGGUGAUAAAUCGCUCCAAACUUUUCUCUCUCCCUCUCUCUCUCUCUCUCUCUCUCUCUCUUGCUCUCUCUCUCUUCUUUUUUUUUCACUUUUUUUGAGGACUCUGCUGGCAGCGCGCUCGGAUGUGCGCAUGUGCAAAGGUGUCCAAACUGACAAUGCUGGAGAGAUAGCGCGUUUGGAUUGAGAAUCAAGAGGAGAGAAGUAGAAGAAUAAGAAAAAAAAGAACAGAAGGAAAAAAGAAGGAGAGAGCCCAGAGAGAAUCCGAAGAGACCUACGCCGUGAAGACGUCAAGGCAGCAUGAGGUCCAAAAGCAGGGCGAGGAAGCUGACCACCGGUGAUGAAGGUGACUUCCCACUUUUCCCCUCUGAUGUCCUGGAGGAAGCUGGGAGAGCGUCCGACGGAGACCCUGUCCCAUUAAUCACCUCGAAUAGCGUCCACUCGUCCAGUGUAUUAUGCGAAAGAAGUUCCCCAGUGGACUCUUGCUUCAACUCCUCCUUCCACACACCCAUGUACCUGGACGAUGAGGAGGCAGCACCAUCUCUGCCCCCAGACUUCGAGCUGCACGAGUCAAGCGUUUCACCUGGCAGCCUGGGCAUCUGGAGCAAGAGGAGGCUGGAGGUCGGAGAGGAGUUCGGACCCUUUGAGGGAAGUCAUCGUCGACAGGACUGGGAGAAGGCUGGACUCGAUGGCCGUGUGUGUGAUAGCACAAGCUGGCUAAGACACGUCCAGAUAUCGCCAUCUCCCCACCAGUACAACCUCACAGCUUUUCCGAUACAUGACCAGAUAUUCUAUCGUGUGGUGCGCAAAGUUUCUCCGGGUGAAGAACUCGUACUGUUCAUGAAGGCUGAAGAGUUUUCAUGUGAAGCCAUGGCUCCAGAUAUACACGAGGAGCGUCAGUUCCGCUGUGAGGACUGUGAGCAGCUUUUCCCCUCAGGCUCAGAGCUCCUGGAGCAUCAGAACCACUCGUGUUCCAAGCGGCCCUCGUCCGGCUUCACACUGCCCGAGCAGGCCAUCCCGAGUGCCACGGACGAGUGUAAAGAAUGUGAGAGAGUGUUUCCCGAUGGUCAGAGUCUGGAGGCACACUCUCUCUCGCACUCAGAAGAGCGUGAGUACAAAUGUGACCAGUGUCCGAAGGCCUUCAACUGGAAGUCCAACCUGAUUCGCCACCAGAUGUCACAUGACAGCGGCAAGCACUACGAAUGUGAAAACUGCUCCAAGCAGGUGUUUACAGACCCAAGUAACUUGCAGAGACACAUCCGCUCGCAGCACGUUGGUGCCCGGGCGCACGCCUGCCCUGACUGCGGCAAAACCUUCGCCACGUCGUCCGGCCUCAAGCAGCACAAACACAUCCACUCGUCCGUCAAGCCCUUCAUGUGUAAGUCUCUCACCCCCUUCAUAUGCGAGGUGUGCCACAAGUCCUACACCCAGUUCUCAAACCUGUGCAGACACAAGCGCAUGCAUGCUGACUGUCGGACUCAGAUCAAGUGUAAAGACUGUGGCCAGAUGUUUAGCACCACUUCUUCCCUCAACAAACACCGCCGCUUCUGCGAAGGCAAAAACCAUUUUGCUGCAGCCACAGGAGGGCUCUUUGGCCCUGGCAUGGCUCUUCCUGGCACUCCCGGAAUGGACAAGUCGACUCUAGGAAUCGGGCCAGGCUCCGCUGGUUUGGCAGAUUAUUUUGGUCCAAAUCGGCACCAUGGCGGACUAACAUUUCCAGCAGCUCCUACAGCAUUCCCCUUCAGUUUCCCAGGACUCUUUCCAUCAGGACUGUACCACCGGCCUCCCCUCAUCCCUGCAACAACUCCCAUAAAAAGCCCACCAACCUUGGAAUUCCAGAAGAGUCCACCAUUAUCCUCACCUGUGCCCGGCAUGCAAGAGUCCCAGGACCUCCUGAUGAGUCUCCGAAAACACUCGAUCAAUGGGGAAGUAGCAGAAAAUGGGCCGGAGCAUCUGAUAGAAGGCUCCGCCACCAAGGUGAGGAACGGCAUCAAGACUAGCGACCAUUCAGAGAGCAGUGAUCUGGAUGAUGUCAGCACACCAAGUGGAAGUGAGUUAGAAAGUACUUCCGGAUCAGAACUGGACAGCGAUGGUGAGAGUGACCGGGAUCGAGGAAGGGAUCAGGAAAAUGGGAAAGGACAAAAGAGGAGAUCCAAUAGUCCUAUCAUGGGGCAAAGCCCCGCCCAUGGCAGCUCCGGCAAUGGCAGUGCUGGCAACAUAAACGGAACUGACCUGCCUCCGCAAGGACUUUUUUCUCCCACUUCGGAUGAGCGCACUGCUGUUUCUGGAGCCGUCAACGAUUCCAUCAAGGCCAUUGCGUCCAUUGCAGAGAAAUACUUUGGCUCCACAGGACUGGCAGGGCUGCGCAGUAAAAAAGGGGACCCACUGGGAUACCCUGCCAUGUUUCCCCUUCCCUUCUUUCCCGCCUUCUCUCCCCCAGUCUACCCCUUCCAUGAGAGGGAGCAUCUUCGUCCUCGAGGCCACAAAGUGGAACCAGAGAGCCCAUCACAAGAGAGCAAGAAGCCACAAGGCAGUACAGCUGAAUCUCCCUUCGACCUCACCACCAAGCGCAAAGAGGAGGGCCUUGCACAGACCUUUGCCACAUCGAAGCUGGAGGUGACCCAUAUACUCUCGGCCAAUCAGGACCAACCGCUGGACCUGAGUUUGGGCGGGCGCAGCCGAAGCACACGCCUUAAAUCGGGGGAGUCAAGGAAGAACCAUAUAAUUGCAGAGGACAGAAUUGAGACAGAGCCUCCAAAAGCAGACUCCACUAUCCAGCAUGCAAGACCCACCCCGUUCUUUAUGGACCCAAUCUACAGCAGGGUUGAGAAGAGAAAAGCAACGGAUCCAUUUGAGGCGCUGAAAGAAAAGUAUAUGCGCCCCACACCAGGCUUCCUCUUCCACCCACAGCUCCGCAUGCCUGAUCAGAGGACCUGGAUGUCAGCGAUAGAAAACAUGGCGGAGAAACUGGAAGCAUUCGGGCCGCUGAAGUCGGACGCCGGCGACAUCAUGCGCUCCGUUCCAUCCAUGUUUGAUUUCCGGGCUCCGGCUACGACGCUGCCUGAAACACUGCUGCGUAAAGGGAAGGAGCGCUACACGUGCAGAUACUGCGGCAAAAUAUUCCCACGCUCAGCUAACCUCACACGGCAUCUCAGAACACACACGGGGGAGCAGCCGUACAGGUGUAAGUAUUGCGAUCGUUCGUUCAGCAUCUCGUCGAAUCUGCAGCGCCACAUCAGGAACAUCCACAACAAAGAGAAACCAUUCAAAUGUCACCUGUGUGACCGCUGCUUUGGGCAACAGACCAACCUGGACAGGCAUCUGAAAAAACACGAGAACGGUAAUCUGUCAGGCACAGCCAUGUCGUCGCCACAGUCGGAGCUGGACAGCAGCAGCGCUAUUCUGGAUGAUAAAGAAGACUCGUACUUCAACGAGAUUCGCAACUUCAUCAGCAGCAGCGGCCAGAGCGCUGGCUCACCUCCACACUCCGACGAAGGGUUGAACAGUGGCCAUUUCGAGGACGACAAAACCGUCACCGAUCGGAGGUCACAUGACCUGGAUGAGGAGGAAGGGGAGGAGCCUGGUGUGGAGGAAGAGGGAGCAGAGCCUUGUGAUGCCAACAAACCUGGCAACAAAGCGGCGUCUUGCAACCUAGUCAACGACGUCGGCAACGACAUCAACGACGACGAGCUGGACUACGACGGUGCAACUGAUGGACUUCUGGACUGCAAAUCUUCACCGCGGAGGUUCGAUGAGGAUGACGAGGAGGAAGAGCACGGCGGAUUUCCAGCUCUGGAUCACAUCCGUCACUUCGGCGCAGAAGAGGCGGAGCUCAGUGACAGUGAUGUCACAGGAUUUGACUCCGCCCACCUGUCUGAGGCUGUGAAGCAGCCACUCUACAGGAAGUCCAAAUCGCAGGCUUAUGCCAUGAUGUUAUCUCUGGCAGAUAAAGACCCUUUGCCUCCUUCCUCUCACGCCGCCUCGGUGUGGCACACACUCGGACGUGCGGCAGAGUCCAACGCCAUCCAAUCCCUCAGUCACGUAUGAUGUUCUUCACAUCUGAUCUCUGUGACCUCUAAACCCCAACCACAGGCACUCGGACCCAACCCGGGCUCCGUCAGGCACAGCUCAUAAACUGCUGAGUAGAGCACUCUGUUCUUCUGAAAACACUAAUGUCAGGGUCCUUGGAGUGCAUCCACACACACACACACACACACACACUAUCCAAUAACACUAAUCGUUACAUAAUCUGACAUUACACAUUUUAUUCCAAUCAAUGAUUUUUUUUAUGAUGCUGAUUUACAGUAUAAGACAAAUAUCUCCAUGAUGAUGAUGAUGAUGAAGUCAUGCAGACAGUAGUAGUAAUAAAAAGUGUAUUUAUUCUCUCCAGUUUCUAUGUUUUGCACAGCAACGGCAGCUCGUGAACAGGGGAAAGGGUUCAUUUUAAGUGUAACACUCUGAUUUUACCAUAUAUAUAUUUUUCCAUUGUGUCACUUAAGGGGCCCUUGUGAGUCUUCCAUAUUAAAAAUAGAGACACACACACACACACACACACACAGAUCGUCAGUCCAAUGGUCAUAUUCGCUAUGUUUUUAUUACUAUAUGUCUUUUUAUUAUUGCGUUUUAAAGCUUGCCUCACACACACACACACACACACACACACUGUUACUAAUGACAUUCCCUUUAAUCCAGAAUAAUCCACAACAACCUUUUUUAAAAAAGGACAGGUUACGAUGUUAGCCGGUGUGUAAAUUCAUUGUAAUAUAUUAAAAAUUGGACUCGUAACAGGUCACACGGGGGCACUCUUACGAAAUUAAAUAAAUAAAAAUACAAAAAAAAGAAAGAAAAGAUGUAAAGAGAACAGAGUGUGUGUGGACUGCUCUCUGUCAUUUAAAGCACUGCAUCUCUAACCUAGUCUCCGCCCAGUCUCUCCGCGCUGUCCAAUGACAGCCGAGACGCCAUUUCUUUGCAUAAAAAGAUAAGUGUUUUUCUUUUCUUUUGGAGACAGGUUGUAAAAAUAAAUCAUUUUGUUUGUUGUUGUUGUUUGUUUGUUUUUUUUCUAAACAGAGAAAACCUGUAAAAGUACUGAAGUUUGUAGGAGCUUCUAGCGUAGUGUUGUUCUUUUCGAGACCGACGUUACCACCGCGCGGCCCACGUGCUAGUAGCUAGCUGUUCCAUCCUCAUGUGUUUCAUUUCUAGACAAUCAUGAGUUCAUCGUUUGUUUCAUGUCGGGGUUUUUUUUUUAUGUCUUUCUUCUACUCUGGUUGACGUUAUUGCUGUGUAUGUUGAAAAUUGUAUUUAUUUCCAUAGUUUGUUUACUGAAUAGCACUGCUCUUGAGCUCCCCCUUGUGGUGAAGUGGGAGGACACACGUCAUGUCUGCGUGCCAGAUAGUAUUACACCCUCAUCACGUCUUAACCUUCUAAUGAAACUGGUCUAUGAUAUAGUUAUUACUUAGGAUUUUUUUUUUUUUUUUUUGGAUGACACAUUUAUUAAUUCAAGUGUAAAAUAUUAAAAAUGGGAUAAAAAAUAAAAAAAAAAGGAGAGCAUAAAAAUCAAAGAUAUUUCUUCAUUAAAAAAAAAAAGAAAAAGAAAACGCAUGACUGGUCUGGCUUAGAGAAUUGUACCAUUUUUUUCUACAGUUGUGUGCAAGCUCGUGUGAUGUUCGGGUCCUUUUUGAGUCGUCGUGCCAAACUUUAUGAUUAAACAAAAAAAAAGAAAGAAAAGAAAAUAGGGGAAAAAAAGAAAAAACUUUCUUUGUCUUCAGAUGUUGAAGGACCGGAUUUUUUUUGUUGUUGGUUUGUUUGUUGUCAUUGUUUAUAAUUCCAUUUUUGAACGUAAUUGGCAAAGUCGAGGUACUUUUGUUCUGAUGCUUUCUACAAUGUAACUGUAAUGCAUUUCAACUGAGUUUAAUGGAGUAAUGUGGGCGGAGCAAACUAAAGAAAUAAAGGACUCCAGUGUAGACUUGU